AAGGUGGGAAAUUUCAUAUUUUUUUCGUAAUUUUUUAUUAUUAUAAAAUCUAUUUUGAAUUAUCAGUGCUAAAGUCAAAGUCAAAGUCUUUUCCUUUCGAUAAUUUUUGAUGGUGAAAACGUUGAAGAAAGUCCUAAUAUUUCAAGUUGAGGAAAUUCUCCUACAGUAAAGUGACAACAACAUCGCUAAAUAAAACUGCGACGAUGCUAUUCACAUAUUUUGCGAGCGAGGUAAGUGUAAUAGAAUUAAAACCAAAAAACAAACAAAGGGAAAAGCGUAUCUUUAUUCUGCUGAGUCUUUCAAGCUUGAUUUUGGAAUUUCAGACCGUUUAUAGUUUCAUUAGAUAGACCAUUAAAUUAAAAGUACAGCUGCAAGAGAAUGUGUAGUCUACCUUUCUGAAUAAACAUCAACCGCAAGGCAUUAAAAUGUAGCCGUGGAUUUAGAAAGCAGAGAAUUCAACAUCUUUGAGACCUACGCGUUGUAUUUAUGAACAAAGCCCAUUGCUUUUAAAUUAUUCAGGACUAGGCAUGUCUUUAUUUUUUCCUAAACACAGAAAUAACGAAAGGAUACUCUUCAUCCAGCCCAAAAGACAGCAAUCGUAACACAAAGAUAUGAUUUUCAAUACAGCAUGCAGAAGUUGAAGAUUCAAGAUGAGAAGUUUCAUAGCGCAGUGAAGACAGCUAGAAAUCAUACUAUGGAUCAAAAACAGUUUAGUCCUCUUAAUAUUGUAAUAACCAAGAGAAGAGCACCUGUAUAUAAAGGAUAUACCAAGAAAAGGAAAGGAUCUAAAAGUUAUUAUGCUGAUAGAAUGACCUUCCCAGAAAAUCUUAGUGACAGCUUUCAUCAGGGAAUGCUUAACAACAUGGAAAUUUGCCUUGAAAACAUCAAUAUAGAUCAUGAAUUACCAGCACUAAAGUCACUUAAAGAAAGAAGAAAAUCAGAAAUAACAGCGAGUGGCACAAAGAAGUUUGCAACUCCUGAAAUACCAGCUUUACAUUUAAAUAACUUUUCUAAAGCAAACCAGCUUGGCAAACCAUUACCAGCAAUUCGUAGGACCCCACACCCUCCAUUAGUAGUACAUCAGAUGAGAGAACAUAGAGCCUGUUCCACCAUACCAGAGACACCUCUACUUGCACAUACAUCUCAAGAGGUAGCAGAGUAUUGUGACCAAUAUUCAACACUCCUAAAUGCCCCAGAAACACCAGUAGUAUUAUUAAAGGAGAAAAAAAAAGAUCAGGCUAGCUGUGCUACAAAAUGGGAACCACAUCAUGUGCAAAUAGUUCCAGAAACCCCGGCUUUAAAACUGAAAUUACCUGAUGAGUUAUCACUUUAUGAUUGACUUGAAAAAAAUCAGUCAA